AGCUGCUGCGUCGUUCUGUGUAUGCGCCGCGCCGAGCGCAUACGUAUUUCGUUGCGGGCGCGGACAACGCCUACAGCGGCAGGACCGGCUGCGUCGAGACGUUCAAGAGGUCCUCGGAGGAAAGCAACAGCCUUUGACGUUUGCGACUCUCGAUUGUUUUUCUCUCGGUGGUAGCAGCCUGCCACCGGUGGCGCAGGUCGUCGGAUGCGCGCGAUUAUAAGCGAAUGUCAUCAGUGAGCUGUUGCGGUCUAUGAAGCGCACCGUGGAAUAUGUGGUGUCCUUGAUGACCCUUCGUGAGUAAGCGAUGUGGAAAGAUGCGACCGACGUAUGAAUAGUUGCUGGUUGGUGCGCGAACGUCGCCGUUCGGGUGGUUCGACUCCGUUGCCGUGUGAAGUGUGUAGCUGGGAACGACCUGAUAGGUGCGCGCCGUUGAAUGCAAGAUGGCUCUGCGUUGGAAGACGGCCAGAAGGACGUUGUCCAUGCCCGAGGGCGAGGAGAAAGGGCAUCUGGUGGUUCCUCGCAUCGUGACCACGGCCGACUGGGGCCCCAUGGACGAGUCCGUGGACGCGGCGGGGGACCUGCGGUUCUCGUCGGGCCCGCCGCUCAGCGCCGGCGUCUCGGCCACGCUGCCCUCGGAGCGACGCCGCUCCUUGUCCGGCGGCGCCCACCGCCUGCCCGCCCUGCAGCUGUCGUCGCGGGCGCGCAGGCAGUCCGGCGACGACGUGCUCGGCGGCGUGUCGCCGUCCCGCAAGGCGGUGCUGUUCGAUGCCUUCCGGCCGCGCUCCAAGUCCGACUCCAAGGGCUCUUCGUCCUCAGGGAGCCGCAAGCCCAACAACCUCAUGUCGGCGCUGCGGGGCCACAGCUGGUUCCCGGGCUCUCGCAGCGCGCUGACGCCGCCCAACGGCGCGGCCGGCGGCGGCGCCUCGGCACCCAUGUCCCCGCUGUCGCCGCUGAGCCCCGUGGACUCGGAGGCGCCCUUCCGGCGCCCGCGCUCGGGCUCCGAGAGUCGCACGGGUGCCGUCUCCAAGGUCAUGGACCUCUUCCGGAGCCGCUCGCAGUCGGUCAGCGUCGAGGGAAAGGCCAAGAAGUUCCCGGUCAGCAGCAGCCAGUACGGUUCCCUUCUGCGGCGUCACUCGGUGGAGCCCGAGCGUCGCCGUGGUUCUGUGCAGCAGCAGCGGUCUCUUGACUCGCUCGACCACCACACCGCCCUUAUACACAGGCACCACCAUGCCGCCACGGUCAGUAGCACUCUCUCCUCCCCUCUCUCUCCCCUUGGUACAAGGUUACAUAGUCUCCCUCUGUUACGUGUCUGCGGAAUGUACCUGAAGCGUCCGCCGGAGAAGUCACUUUCUUACCGAAGACGUUUCUUGGACGACCGCGCCAGCAUGGACGGCGAGGAGAGCGUGGCGCCCCGGCGUCGGGCUCUGUCUUUCCGGAGGCCCGCCGUCGUGGCGGCGCACGGCAGCAGCGUGAUUCCUCCGGCGCCGCUGAGUCCGCGGCUGCGCGCCGUGCGACACAAGGCGAUCGGACUGAUCCGGCGCACGCUGGGCAGCCUGUCCAACAGCUCGACGCCCGUGGGCAGCUGCGAGAGCCUGCCGGACGCCGUGUUCGCCUCCUCCAACAACAAUAACUACAAGGAGUCUCCGUUUCCGUGGGGUUCGCCUCCGAGCCGACCGGGCACGCCCACCCUGGCCGAGCUACUGUCGGCCGUCUCGUCGAUGCCCUCGUCGCCCACGCCGCACGUCGGCUUCCUGCCCCGGCAUAAGUCAGUCUUGAAUACAAGUUGGUUCAUCAGUUGUUCAUUCCUGCAGAACCUGGCAGCUGAAAAGACAUACAACAACCUCGACAUUACGAUCAAGAAGGCUCUAGAGCAUCGAGAUCAGUAUUUUGAAGGUGUGCUCAAGUGCACGUUGGAUGACACACUGAUGGCUGUUAUGGAGAGAAUUGUCAAGGCUGAGGUCCAUCGGUUGGUUGUAGUGGAUGAAGAGGAUCAUGUCGUUGGCAUCAUCUCGCUCUCGGACAUUCUCUCAUUCUUGGUUCUCAAGCCACUUGGCAUGGAGCGGCCAGAUAGAAGCCGAGCCUCUGAGGCUACUUCGCUACCCGUGCACGAAGAGAACGAGUCCGAGGAGUCUCACGACGACGAUGGUGGUGGGGCAGCCGACAAGAGCCAGGCUUCAGAAAACGAGAACACUUCAGAAGAGCAGCCACAGCCUGAGGAACCAUGAGGGCCAAACCAAGUGCUUGACAAGGAUGUACAUUGCCUCGUCUUUCCAAGGCAACAGCUGCAGCAGCGUUCAAUUUCUGCUGUCUUCCAUACGAAGGGGUUUGCCUGGAAGGACCUUCCUCUCCAGGAAGCAAAAGCCCUUGGCCUAGAGUGCGAGAGCCCAUUGCCAAGCGAAAAACCUCGUGGAAGACUUUUCCAGGCACCUUCAUCCAAUGAUAUGUCGCCACAAAAGAGGUGCUCUGCACGACGCUGUCUUUUUCCUCUGUCACUUUGUCAUGGCUGUUGUGCAAACGUGUGGCAGCUGCAACACGAACAGCACGUGAAUGAACUUUCUCAAAGAUAAGUGCAUCAGUGCACAAAGAAGAAUGUUUUUCUUUUCCACCUGACUGUGACUCGGAAGCCUGCCCCCAAUGGCAGAAGUAUCUGACAAUGGCUGGAAAGCGAGAAUUGUCGUCGGUGCACUCACAUGUAAAUGCGGAAACACAGAGAAAGAAUUUGGUGGAAGCCGGGAAAGGCAGUUACCUCGAGACAGAAUGAUCCUUUAGGUCAGAACACAGUUCAAAGGCUUUCUAGAUUGUUAGGCCCUGUGCACUCAUUACAGAUUUGUUGCUGGAAGGCAAGAUUCAUGUUGCAGAAUGGAUUCUGUUUGUCCACGGAUUUCGCAAGUGUGUAGCAGACGUUAUGCAUCUGCGGCACCUUUUUUUUAUUCGUGGGGUUGUGUACAUAGCAUGCACAAGAAUGUCUGCGUGGCUCUUGCCACGCCCAUCGUGUCCUGCUGUUUGAUUGUUAUUUUUUUUUUGAAGGGCUCCCAGCUCUAUUACUUGGAGCAACUGUGCCGUUUAAGAAAAAAAAAAAAAGUUUGAUGUUAGGUUUUGUCAAUGCCAUAUUGCUGUAAGAACGGACAGGAUGAAUUGGUACCUGCCAACAUGCUUUAUCUAGAGGUGCCCGCCAUGAAGCUGGUUUACAAACCAAGAAGCCAAAACCGAAAGGAGAGUUGCUGUAUGAAUCUCUCCUCCAAUUGUACAUAGUUAAAGACCAUACAUGUCAAGAGCUCUUUUUCUGAUCCAUAAAGAGGCUUGUCUUUCAUAAA